AUAAAGUGAAGUUAGCUUAAACUAUAAGCGGUUGAGGUGGAAGGAAACGUUAGCCAUUGUAUCUGUUGUUUGGUCUCCAGCUUCCCUAAUUAUUUAUGGUUUCUAGCUCAUCACUUUCAUAUAUAACGGGAAAAGAAGUAGAGGAUGAAUUAGAUUUUACUUCCUUAUAAUAAUUGUUUUUUGGAACAUAAGAGGAUUAAAAACAUGUUAAUAGGAUUAAUAAAUGGCAUGUUGAAGUUCUUUAUUUGCUUGAAACAAGGGUUAAGGAGACUAAUGCAUUGGCUAUCUUGGGGAAACAUUUCAGUGGCUGGAAUUAUUUGGAUUAUUUCAAAGAAUCAUAUUGUUUCGGAUGUAUUUGUGACUACUAGUCAAAGUAUUUUUUUUGUAGAUUGGAGUUUCAGAAUUCUGACUUCUUUCUUACCGCUAGUAAUGAUAGUGUGGAAAGGAGGGUUUACUGCUGUGAAUGCUCUUGUUUGGCUGAUUAAGCCUUUCAAAUUUUUGGGUUAAGCAUAGUGAUUUUAUGAGUAUUGUUGCUGAGUCUUGGCAUGAUGAGGUUGAUGGUCAUCCUAUGAUGAAAUUAUUUCUUAAGUUGAAGAGGUUAAAAAGGAGUUUAAAGGCUUUGAAUUCUGAGGCUUUUGGAGAUAUUUCUGAUCGGGUGCGAAAAAAGAGGGCUGAGCUUGAAGAGUUACAGAUUGCUAGCUUAAGGUGUGAUUAUAACCUCGACUGUGAGAGGCAAAUUGAAAGAGUGCAAGCUGAGGUGAAAGGGUUGCAGGAUGCUAAAGAGAGAUUUCAUCGGCAAAAGGCAAGAGUCCAGUGGCUGCAGGAAGGGGACCACAGCACUAAGUUUUUCCAUAAUGCUGUUGCUGUUACAAAGAAUAAGCAUACUAUUCGUGCUAUGGUUGAUGAUAAGGGUGCCAAGUUGGACACGCCGGAACAAAUUGAGGUUGAGAUUAUUCAGUUUUAUCAAAAUCUGCUUGGUUGUGAUGAUGCUAAGGUUUUGGGUUGUACCGAUCUGCUUCUUAGUGAUUUGUUCAUAGGAAGCACAAAAUGAUAUGGUUCGGCCUGUUACGAGGGAUGAAAUUAAACAAGCUAUCUUUGAUCAAGGUAAUGACGGGACCUGAUGGUUACACAGCUUUUUUCUUCAAGGCAGCUUGGAAUAUCGUGGCAGAUGAUUUUGUUGAUGCUGUGAAGUUUUUCUUUAUUUCUUCAAAGCUGUUGGGAGCUUUUAAUGCAACUACUGCUACCCUUAUUACUAACUGUGCUAAUCCUAGCCAUAUCAAGGAAUAUAGGCCUAUCUCCUAUUGUUCUGUUGUUUAAAAAUGCAUCUCUAAGAUUUUGGUUCGGAGGAUCACUCCAUAUAUCUCUGCUAUUAUUUCUAGUAGUCAGUGCAUUUGUUAAAGGUAGGAGGCAUAUUUCUCCUAGGUGCGCCAUCAAAGUGGACUUGCAAAAAGCUUUUGAUUUAGUGAGUUGGUCUUUUCUUCUUGCUAUUUUAAGGAACAUGGGUUUUCCCGGUCAAUCUGUUCAGUGGAUUUCAGCUUGCAGUAUUAGUCCCAGGUUUUCUAUUCCCGUAAAUGGAGGCAUUGUUGGGUUUUUUAGAGGUGCUAGGGAAUAAAACAGGGCACAGUUGAUUCAGUUAUUGGUAUUUGGUGCAUCCUUCAAGAGUUCUACUAUUUUUCUAGUUUGCAACUUAAUGUUUCUAAGACUGAGAUCUUUGUUGCCGUUAUAUAUGGCUAAGGAUGAUCUGGUAACCGUGCAAAGGGUCACUGGUUUUAAGUUGGGAAGGCUGCUUGUAAGGUAGUUGGGUGUGCCCCUGGUUUCUAGGUAGUUGUCUAUUAAUGAUUGUGGUUCUCUUUUGGAGGAAAUCCAGGCAAGAGUCAAGGGUUGGGCUACUCUACAUCUUAGCUAUGUCCGUCGGUAGCAGCUUAUCUAACGGUCUUUGUAAAUAUAUAAUCUUACUUAUCAUUUUCGACUAAUUCAUCUUUUCAAGUAA